AUGGCGACCGAUAACUCAGCCCCAAGAAUCCUUAUCAUUUGCUCUUGCCACGAAUCAUAUUUUGAACGGCGAUGGGACCGACUUUUGCCUAGUCUGAGGUCGAAGGCGACAGUUGAGUUCCUGAACAACCCGAACCCGGACGUAAUCGUUCAACUGCUUGCAGAUGAGCCAAUGCCAUCGGCCAUCCUCAUCACAGACGAGGGACUGUAUCUAAACAAUCACGCGCAUCUCUGGGACGCGGUCCUCAAUUGCGUACGUCAAGGCUGUACGGCUAUCGUCAUGAAGUACUUGGGGCAGUUCCCCUCUCGUGGAGAGAACCUAAAGCCCUUCUUUUCACAGGCGGGAUUACCAUGGGAAGAGGGAUCAUAUCUUCGGAGGACAUCGGUAAUCAAUGAUGCAGCAACCGGGCAUGAUUUGGCUACAAAGCUGCCGCAAUCUUACAGCCAGAGGGCAUUGUUUGUCAAAAAUGUCGCCUAUUCGGACGCGUGGUAUAUGCCAGAUGAUGAUCUCGAAACACGUGUCGCUGGACUGUCUGUUGACGAUGUUCAAGGUGAAUCACCGGUUGCAUUGGCGCGUGUUGGGGAGGGAAGACUUGGUUAUGUGGGUGAUUUCAAUGCCGAAGAGGAAACAGAUGUUGUCAUUCUUGCGAUGUGCGGGCUGCUUGAGUGA